AUGUCCCACUGGAGACUGCCCCUGCUCUCUCUGUGCCUGUGCCUGAGCCUCGGUCUGGCCCCGAGUCUGGCCAUGGCCUACGAAGACGACAUCGAGGUCAACUAUGCGGAUCCCUUCUACAAUGAAAUCACAGAAGGAGAGACCACAGAACCCACACCUGCCCCUGCCCCCUGCAGGGCACCGGACAUGACCAAAUGGGACAAGAUGUUUGCCAUGCUGGAGAACAGUCAGAUGAGGGAGAACAUGCUGCUGCAGUACGCUGAUGACAUCAUCAAAGUGGAAAUGGACUCUCUACGGCAGGAAGUGCUCAGGUUUGUAGCCCAGCACGGAGGGUCGUGUGGUGCAGCAGUGGAGGUCGCUGAAAGGAAACUGUCACUUCAGCUGGACAGUCGUUUUAAAGAAGUUCUGAAUGGCGUCAGACCCUGUGAAGACACUAAUGUUAAAUGUGGAGGUCUGGAGCUAGAGUCAGUGCUGCAGCAGCUCCUCUCCACGGCCCAGGCCCAAGCGUCUCGACUGGUGAAACUGGAGAGUAGCUGCUUCAGUGAGCAGCUCUCAAAGACAGGAUUCCAACACAAGGAGCAGGAGGUCGCGUCCCAAGAGAGCCAUCUGGAAGCAGCUCUUUUGGCCUUACAGCAGUCAAGGGCAGAGCUGGAAGAGGUGCUGUCGUCAGUGAAGCAGAGAUACUUACCUGCAGGUUGUGACCUGGCACUGCUCUUCCCCAUGCGCUCACGGCGGAUCUACACUUCUGUCGUACCAGAGACUUCACUCUCACUCUCCUCCUUCACUGCCUGUCUCUGGGUAAAGCCAAAUGGUGUCUCCAACAAAACUGUGCUCUUAUCAUAUGGAAACCGCCAAAAUCCAUAUGAAAUUCAGCUGCUGCUCAGUGAUGACGCUGCACAGUUCACUGUGGGAGGGGAGGCUCAUCUGGUGGAGGCCAGCGGAGUCCUGGACCCGAGAGGAACGCCUCAGUGGAUGCACCUGUGUGGGGCAUGGUCGUCUGACCAGGGCAUGGCCAGCCUCUGGCUCAAUGGUGAAAAAGUGGCCAUUUCACCUGGAGUGGCUGAGGGACAUGUCAUACCCCCAGGAGGCUCCCUGCUGCUGGGGCAGGAGAGAAAUGGCUGCUGUGGACAAGAGAUACCUGGGUUUGAACAAGGCUUUGAUCAUAAACUGGCCUUUGCAGGGAAGAUGACUGGAGUAAACAUAUGGGACAGAGUGCUGUCGGAGGAGGAGGUCCGUCUCCUGGGUCAGCAGGGCGGGCAGAGCUGUGGUCACAGGGGCAGUGUGGUGGCAUGGGGCCUCACUGAGAUGGUGCCUCAUGCUGGAGCCCAGUUCAUCCACUAA